AUGUGUGGCAUUAUAACCCCUAUUUUUAAAGGCGGUAGCCGUUCCGAUCCUGCUAACUAUCGUCCAGUGACUCUCCUCCCUGUGUUCGCGAAGGUGAUGGAAGCAGUCGUCGCUGAGGCUUUAAUGGACUACCCGGAAAAAUGCAACAACUUGGUACCGGAACAGCAUGGCUUCCGUCAACACCGGUCAUGCACCACCAACCUACUUAUUGCACGAGGUAGUUGGACGGAAGUUGCCGAUGAUUGGGUCGGAGUCGACGUCAUCUAUCUGGACUUCUCCAAAGCUUUCGACCGCCUUGAUCACCGCAUCCUACUUCAAAGACUACAAAGUUACGGAAUCGGAGAUCCUGUACUUGAUUGCAUUGGCAACUUCCUUUACCAACGAAAGCUCCAAGUACUUGUUAAGGGACCACUUUCUAACCCAAUUGAAGUGGAAUGUGGUGUUCCGCAAGGCUCAGUGCUGGGACCGCGCUUAUUCCUGGUGUUUAGUAACGACCUGGCAAGAGUCAUCUCCUCAAACUUCCUGCUUUUCGCCGAUGACGUCAAGAUAUGGCGGGCGAUCAGUAACAAGGCAGAUCAAGAUCUUCUCCAACAUGACCUAGAUUGCAUUUACGAAUGGUCAAAGAGGAACAAGCUUCAAUUGAACAUGGCUAAGUGCAAAGUGAUGCAUCUGCGUCACCAGCUGGUGAGGGCUUACAAGAUUGGAGACCACACCUUGGCGAAGGUUUCUCAGGAGCGGGACCUGAGUGUAUUGUUACAGGAAGAUCUCGGGUGUUCCAAACAAGCAGAGAAGGCGAGGAGAACCGGCAAUCAACACGUCGGCCUUCUUCGCAGAGCCUGCGGUCCGUUUGAACCAUCAAUAUUUCCCCAAAUGCUUUACACCUACGUGCGACCUCACGUGGAAUAUGCUAUUCAGGCGUGGCAGCCGUGGCAGAAACAGGAUCUCGUUGCUCUCGAGACUCCUAAACGAAGGGCAACCAAGAACGUCAGGGGCCUCUUUCAUCUGCCCUAUCAGCAUAGACUGAAAUAUCUAAGAAUGCAUAGCAGUCGAUAUCGGCUUUUGCGGGGGAUCUCAUAA